CGGUGAGAGAAACAUAAAACCAGCAACGCUGGUUUCAAUUGGGUCUGCCAAGCAGCGAUUCUCCAAGAAAAAACAAGAAGAGAAAAAGAAGAAGCAGCAAAGAUACGGAAGAUAGGAGGAGGAAAGAAAAGAGAAAAAUCCUAUAGCGGCAAACUCCAACACCAAACUAGGAGUUGCUACCCUCAAAACCUUGAACACUAGCUGUCUUAGAGGAGGUGUAAUUGCGUCUUCAUUCUGGAAUAGAAUAUUGCAAAUAAUAUAGCUGAAGCUGACACUUCAACUCAGAUAUAGUGAUUGACAGAGCUGACCGUGGAUCUCAUGUCAAAGGCACGCUUGGCUAAUAGUGGGACCGGACAGAUAGACAGGCGCGAAGCACCACAUACUAGAAUUAUGCUUCCACCAAACUUAGGUUGGGGUCGAAAGAGAGGUCGAGGCAUACCUGCUAGACAGGUUGUCCACCCGAUCAUAGAAAAUGAGGUGAUACCACCCUCACAGCCUCCAGGUGGCGGUACUACUGAUGUCAUAGCGGCGAUGCUGCAUCAAGCCAUGGAAAGUUUGCUACAAAAGGUCCGGACACAAUCGAGGGUUAAUGCAAUGUCUGAAAGGGGUGACAGCCAUAACCAGAACGAACAACCACUUGGGAAAUUAAUUCAGGAGUUUUUGGAGCUGAAGCUUCCCGUGCUUACAGGGGCUAGCGAGACCGAGGACCCACAACUAUUCUUGGAUGGAACUCAAAAAGCAUUAGAUGUGCUUGAAUGUACCAGUGCGAGGUCGGUUGCGUUGGCUGACUAUUGUUUGCAGGAUGUUGCCGAAGAAUGGUUUAAACCGUUUAAGGCAGGCUGACCAAUUGGCUCACGUCCCUUAACUUGGAAUGAAUUUUGUAUUGCCUUUAUUGAGAGAUUCUUGCCUAUGAGCCGUAUAGAUGCUUUGGCAGCUCAAUUUGAGGGGUUAAAGCAGACCUCAGAGAUGUCAGUGAAUGAGUAUAAUAUUCAGUUCACUCGUUUAUCUCGAUAUGCACCACGUCUAGGGGAUGAUGAUGCUAUGCAGACUAAGAGGUUCAUACGAGGUCUAAUCGGCCCAUUGUUCAAACCAUUGGCAUCACAUAACUAAGAAUGACAUAACCUACGCACAUGCAGUGGAUGUUGCAAGAGAGGUAGAGGCUCGGUGGAUAGAAGAGAAGGCAGCUAAAGCCCAAAAUAAGAGGACAAAGACCACAUGAUCCUUUGGAGGGGGUAUUGGUACUAAUCGAGGCACAGGAUCACACAACCAUCUAAGGACUGCACAAAUGGGAGCAUCAUCGAUUGUCCAACCAUCUAUCAGUACUUCUGCCUCGAAACAGAGUCCUAGAAGUUUGGUACCAACACCUGGGCACACCGACCGCACUAUAUCUACUUGUCCUAGUUGUCAUAAGGUUCAUUCGGGCCAGUGUUGGAGAGAAAUUGGUGCGUGCCUUCGUUGUGGUCAGAGAGGACAUUACAAGAGAGAUUGCCCACGCUACAAAAAGGAUUUAUCCAGUCGUCAACACCAAUGAAUGCCAUACCAGCCAGCUCUACAGCCUAGACAGUUAGGGAGGAUUUGGGGUUAGCACGUAGAGGCACUGGAAACUAUGGCCCAAGCAAUAAAGGAUCAGGAGUUGCCGAGAGAGGUCAAUCCUGACUGUUUGCCUUUACCAGGCAGGAUGCGCAGGCAUCUAAUG